AUGACUGCAAAACGAGGUGCUUUAAUUAUUUUUGAAGGUCUUGAUCGAAUUGGUAAAACUACGCAAAGCAAACUUUUACAUGACUAUCUUUCUCAAGAAUGUGAGCUUCUUUGUGAACGUUUAGCAUUUCCUAAUCGGUCAACACAAAUAGGUUCAUUAAUUGAUAAUUAUUUACAACGUAAAAUUGAAUUUAAUGAUCAUACAAUUCAUCUUUUAUUUUCUGCUAAUCGUUGGGAAUGUAUUGAUACAAUGCGUGCAAAGCUUCUUCAAGGUCAUACAUUAAUUGUUGAUCGUUAUGCUUAUUCUGGUGUUGCAUUUACACAAGCUAAAGGUCUUGAUAAAAAUUGGUGUAAAUCUUGUGAUGUUGGUUUACUUAAGCCUGAUCUCGUCAUUUAUUUUCAUCGUAAUAAACAAUCAAAUUCGCUAUCUUAUACGGGUGAUGAACGUUAUGAAACAAAAUCUUUUCAAGAUAAAGUUGAAUUUUGUUUCGAACAAUUACGUUUAUCAUCAUCAUCAUCAGAACAAUGGAAAGAUAUCAAUGUACUUGACAAAGAUAAUACCACUAUGCGUGAUAAAGAAUCUAUACAAAAUGAAAUACGUUCCUAUGUAAAAGAUUGUCUUGAUGGAAUUAAAAGCAAUCAUAUUGAUGAAUUAUGGAAGGAUAAUUAG